CGCAAGAUGGCUGCACGCAUCACGCACACCGCGCGGGACUGCCGUCAUGUGCGACGACCGUCGUGGCAUUCGUGUUUCGUGGACAGUCGCGGGGGAGGUUAGGAGUGUUGGGACUUGGGAGUGUUGGGACUUGGGGGAUUCUUUUGCGAGCCAUAGACUGAGGUGGACGUCUGUGGCCGAGAAUUCCAUCAGCACGUUUUAAUAUUGCAUCAUUCAAUUGAUUCACUUAUCAAGAUUUAGUACUGCAUCAUUCAUCUAAGUUGGAAAGACUGGCCAAGUAUACCCCUGUACAGGGGACCAGGGCCACCCAAACGAAAAAGAAGAAGAAGAAGAAGGGAGUGUUGGGACUGACUUGGGGAAGGUUCGAUUCUGCUCGCACGUCCGACGGGGGACCGUCGACCGGGAGCUCCUCACCAUGGCGAUGGAGGACGAAAUGGGCGACGAGCUGCUCCAGUGCCUCGAGGAGAAAAUCGCCAGUGGCCACAGCUUGAUCGAGCGGCUGAAACUCAUGGACAAGAUCGACGGGAUUGACAAGCUGAUGCGGAAGAUUCAGCAGGAGAUAAAAUUUCUGGAGAAGGUGCAAUGUAUGGGAAACUUGAAUAAGAAACAUCUCCAGGGCUCGAAUCUGACUCAUCUCGACGCUAUGGUGGCUCGGCUGUCCUGUGCAAAGGAUCCCAGCAGCGUGAUGAGACCCUUCAAGUAUCAGAAAUUGCGUCUGGAGGUUGACAUAGUGUGUAACAGUGGCGCUUCAUGGGUGAAAGUUAUAGCGAGAAACGCCAAAGCGUUAACGCUGAUAUCUCUCGGCAAUGGAGAAUACGGGCAGAAAUCUGUUCUGGACCAGGCCAAUUCGUAUCUUGUAUGUAGCAAGUGUCAUCUGCAUCACUACAGACCGCCAGAUGUGAUAUUUCAUUUUGCUUACGGCGUAGAGGUUCCGCUAGCCUUGCAACUGGAGCAAAUGGGCAUCACGGUGGAGGGAGACAGGAUAGACACGAACGACGAGAAUUCGAACAAACAAGAUGAACUGGAUUUGUCCAAAGGAUCUACAAGCGAUUCCGAAAAGGAUGUGGAUCUGCAGUCAUUGAAUACAUCUGUGCUGUCAACCGAAAUCAAACUCCUGAAUCUGGAUGUGUCGGCGCUACUGGCUUACGUUACGAAUAUGACCAAUGGAUACGAUAACUAUAUUUAUCGGGAGCCACUGCUUACGCAACAAGCGGAAAUGGAGAGGAAACGUCCCAUAAAACCGAUCCUCGAGAAUUUGUUUCGCGACAAAGAACUGAUGGUCUGCCGGACGGCGUAUAACAAUUUUAUGAAUAUCAUCGACGUUAUCGGUGGUCCGAAAGAGGCGCAGCGUGCUCAGGAAUUGUUAAAGAAAGUCCGAAUCGUCGACGACGUGACCACUGGACGAAUUAUGGAGCUGCGUUUAGGCGGUAAAAUUAAGGACCGAUCGCGAUUGAUUUUUGCAACGGGCGAGAGUAUGAAAAGCAUCACUGUUUCUGCUAACGAGGGAUUUGUAAGAGCGGCGCGCAUGCAGGGCAUCGAGUGUACAGUUUUCUUACACGAACCAAGGUCUCUGUCAGAAAUUAAAGAAGGUAACGCAACAAGUAUAGAACAAUCUUGAUAUUAUUUGGAAUAUCUAGGCGAUCAUAAAGAAAAUAUAUACUGAUACUAGGCA